AUGCAAAGGGUGCUAUCAAUUGAUCCUUUUCUUCUCGAUAUAAAGCCUGUUAUAAGCCAUCAUCCAGGUAGAAAAAGUAAGAAAGAUGCUUUUAUCCGCAAAUUGUUUUAUACUUGUAGUGAAUAUAAGACUUUGCCUCCUAAAAAAGAGUAUCUCAGGUGCAAGCUGAUCCGAGGUUUUAAAAGAGCAAUUCGUCAGAUAAGGAAAAACGUUCUGCCAUCAAAAACACUCAACAGAAUUAGAGGAAAUCCGUACAAUACCUUAAGGGUUUGGCAAGCUUUAGCAGGAUGCUAUGAAAAAUACAUAGAUAUUCUUGACUCUAUAUCUUGUACUGAAAAUAAAGCAAGCUCAGAUGAAAAAAAUAAGAAAAAAGUCAAAGGCGCGUACUUACUCCCUGAUUUAAAUUGAAACAAAAUAUCAUAAAAAUAAUUUUUUAGGGAGGAGAAUUUUAUUAUUUUUAUAAAAAUUAGUAUUGACAUAGUUAAUGCAACUAGAAUAUUAUUUAAACAGUUUUCACGCUAAAUCAAUUAAUUAUUUUGAAUUAAAUAAAUUAAAAUUCAAUAAUAUUGAUUUCUAUUUAUAUUUUAAAUUGAAACAGGAGAGCUAGAAAAAAGCUUCAAUUCAAAACUUUGUAAUCAAUUUUUUACUCAUAUUGGAGUAAGAGAGACAUUUUAUUAUUACAUUGAGUUUUUAUUUGCUGAUCUUAAUCCAGAAAGCCUUUGUGAUAAAUUCGAUUUCAUGUGUUGUAAUGGAGUUCAUAUAAAUGAAUGUGUAGAAAAAUGGCUCAUGAUAAAGAAAUAUAUGAAUUGCUAUAUGAUUCAAGAUCUAGGGCUCGAGCCUUGGUUUCCUUUGAGCUAUAGUAACUCAUUCCUACCAAGCAUUUUUACAGUUCGGAUAAACGAUUCCACAAGUAACGGAACUGAAAAUUGUAAAAAGACCCUUCAAGAAGAAAAGCAGGAGAUUAAAGACGAUUUUUUUGACAACGAGGCUAUAAGAUGCUUUUUAAAGGUCAAAUUUGCUUAA